GGAUCGAUACUGGAUUUCAAGAAAUACUCAACCGUCAUCUGUUCACAUACACCGUGCACUUCAGAUUUUUCAGCUCAAAGCCGAGGGCGCUGGUAAUUUGGUUAUUGCGUGCCUUGUAGCCUAUGAAUUCUCCGCACACUUUCCCUCUCUCCGCCACCAAACUUACCCCUCUCGUUUCCCUCAAAGCUACACAAAGAAUCGUGUGGUUUACCUUCCCUUAUAUAUGUAUGUGGUACGUGGAAUUGCCUUUCAAAUUCUCAUGGAGUCUGUUGCUUCGACUUCAUCCGCACCGGACCGCCCCCGUCCUCGUCUUCCUUGGUUCGAGCCCUCCCAAGCUAUGACUGCCCGGAUUGUUCGAGCUCUCCACCAUCACCUCCGUCUCCUACACCGCUCUGAUUCUUCAUUCUUUGUCUUGGGAGCCACAGGCAAUGUCUACAUUGUGUCUCUAUCCUCUACCCCCUCAUGCACUUGCCCCGAUCGUAUUACGCCUUGCAAACACAUGUUAUUUGUUUACAUUCGAGCUCUGGGUGUGUCACUAGAUGAUGCAUGUCUUUGGCGGAGAACGCUUCGACCGUGUCAAUUGAAUCGUUUGCUUACUGCACCUGUUAUGGCGGAAUCGCUUGCUGAAAUUAGUCUACGUAGAGUAUUUCAUCAACAAUUCUUUCAGGUAAAAGAAAGGACUUGUGUACCUAUUGUAGAUAUUGAAGAUGGGGCUGCAUGUCCUGUUUGUUUGGAUGAUCUAAAGGACGAUCGAGUUGUGGCUUGUACGACAUGUCGAAAUCUCGUUCAUGACGAUUGUUUCUCGAGGUGGAAACGAAGCAAGGGAAGGAGAAAUAUUAGCUGCGUAGUUUGUAGGGCAAGAUGGAAGGACACGACAAACGAACAAAAGUAUUUGAAUUUGUCUGCCUAUCUCGAUGAACACGACGCAGUAGACAACAAUCGCUAUAAUAGAUAGCUAAAUAGACACCCUAAGAUGUCUCAUAAU